AUCAAACAUGCUCGUUGGCCAAAACAGAAAACAGGCUCUAGUUUCUUGAAAUUUGAAAUUAGUCGAAAUGCCUCCAAAAAAAGGUGGAGCACAGCAGAAAAAGGGCAAAGAGUCGAAAGACGACGAAGGUGGAAAAUCAAAGGAGAAAAAAGGAGGAACUGCAGUCAAAGUAAGACAUAUUCUUUGUGAGAAACAAUCCAAAUGCCUCGAAGCCCUUGAAAAGCUAAAAGGAGGCAUGAAAUUCCCAGACGUCGCUGCACAAUACAGUGAGGACAAGGCCAGAUCGGGUGGUGACUUAGGCUGGAUGACGAGGGGCUCGAUGGUCGGCCCGUUCCAAGAUGCAGCUUUCGACCUUCCAAUCUCGACUGUCGCAAACCCAAAAUACACAGAUCCUCCCAUUAAAACAAAAUUUGGCUACCACAUUAUUAUGGUCGAAGGGAAAAAGUAAUUUUGUAAAGGAAAAUAAUGUUUCGAUUUCAUUUUUAACGUCGCUGUGCAGGGUUAAAAAAUUAUUUUUCAAUAUUA